CAUGAAGAAAAGUUUAACAAAUUGCUUGCUGAGGGAAAAAUAACUCAGAAGGUGAAAAUGGAUUUUGAAGAUCUGGAUACCACAUUAAUGAGGUUUCUUGGAGAUCACCAUGUAAAACAAAAAGAAAUACUUGAUCUCAUCGAAAAAGUCAGAAUUAAAUCCGUUGAAACACCAUGUGUGUCAGAAAUUUCAGCAAACACUACGGCUGGUGUGGUUAUGGCAGGAUAUAACAGUGAUGAAAUACAUAACCGAAACGUUAAAGUUAUUGGAUUUGGGAAAGGACUGGUAGCUGGAGAACUCAUGACAAACAAUGCACGCGUGGAAAACGACAAUGAAGCAAACGAGGAUCAGUCUCUGAUUUGA